AUGUGGAACGGCCAUCUUCCACAGGCGGUGCAAGCGGUGUUGGCCGCAUCAGAGGUUACGGAUAUGGAAAAAUUAGCGGCCAUCGCUGACAAGGUCACGGAGACCACGCGUCCGUUGGAGGUCACGGAAAUAGCUACCAGUAAGCAGCGACCUAGGGAUGACGAUUUAACAACAAAAUUAAAUAGACUCUCAGUGGAGGUGGCGGAGUUACGGAAGUCAAGGCGUCCGCAGAGAAGUGCCACACCAGGGAGGCAGCCAUCAAGGUCGCGAGAGCGGAAUGCCAGCAGAAGUGGACGGAAGCCGGGUUGGUUAUGCUUCUAUCAUUUCCGCUAUGGAAAGAAAGCCGCGAAGUGUGUUAAGCCGUGUUACUGGGAGGACCAGAUGGAGAAGGAAAACUAG